AUAUCCGUUGAGAGCCCGAGACCUAGAAAAUGGGACAGCGGGAAGAUUGAUGCUGUAUAUAGUGGAAGAAAUAACCCAGUUUGGGAAUUAAAAGGGAAACUUCAGUCGUGUGUGCUUUUUGCUCACAUCUCUGUUUCUGCAAAAUGAGAACUUUCAGAUGCUUUUUACUACUUGUGUUUUGGGUGAGUCAGCUUCGAAAAAGCUGUACAACUCCACUGCCGGAUAGGACUAUUGCCACCACCACCACUGAGCCACUGCUAGAAGAGCAGGAACCUGGCCAAGGAAAUGACAUGGAAAGGAGCCGGUCUAAGAGAAGCUGGAUGUGGAAUCAGUUUUUCCUUCUUGAGGAAUUUACAGGAUCGGAAUACCAGUACGUCGGCAAGUUACACUCAGACCAGGACAGCGGAGAUGGAUCACUGAAAUACAUUUUGUCUGGAGAUGGAGCGGGGGAUGUAUUUAUAAUCAAUGAAAAUACUGGCGACAUCCAAGCAACAAAACGCCUGGAUAGAGAAGAAAAGUCAUCAUAUAUAUUACGUGCUCAAGCUGUGAACAUAAAAACAGGGAGACCUGUUGAACCUGAGUCUGAGUUUGUCAUCAAGAUCCAUGACAUUAAUGAUAAUGAGCCAAAAUUUACUAGGGAUGUAUACACUGCCACUGUCCCAGAGAUGUCUGAAGUGGGAACAUUUGUCGUUCGAGUUACAGCGAAUGAUGCAGAUGAUCCGACCUAUGGAAACAGUGCAAGAGUCGUCUACAGUAUUCUGCAGGGACAGCCAUACUUCUCAGUCGAAUCUGAAACAGGUGUCAUCAAAACAGCGUUGCCAAAAAUGGACCGAGAGAACAGGGAACAGUAUCAAGUGGUUAUCCAGGCCAAAGACAUGGGGGGACAAAUGGGAGGUUUGUCCGGGACGACGAGUGUAAAUAUCACCUUGUUGGAUGUUAAUGACAAUCCUCCUCGUUUCCCCCAGAGUACCUAUCAAUUCCGGGCCCCGGAGUCUUCCCCUGUGGGUUCUGCAAUUGGCAGAAUCAAAGCUAAUGAUGCAGAUGAAGGUGUGAAUGCGGAGAUGGAAUACCAAAUCAGUGAUGGAGAUGAACAUGACAUGUUUCAAAUCAUCACAGACAAGGAGACGCAGGAAGGAGUCAUUAUUGUCAAAAAGGCAUUGGACUUUGAGAAAACAAGGAUGUACACUCUAAAAGUAGAGGCUGUUAAUACAUAUGAAGACUCCAGGUUUCACUACAUUGGACCCUUCAAAGACGGGGCUACUGUCAGAAUUUUGGUGGAGGAUGUGGAUGAACCGCCAGUGUUCACCAAAUCAGCCUAUGUGCUUGAAGUGAUGGAAGACGCCCAUAUUAACAGUAUUAUAGGAACAGUCAAAGCCCAAGAUCCAGAUGCUUCCAGAAGCCCUGUGAAGUAUUCUGUGGAUCGACAUACAGACAUGGAUAGAAUAUUUAACAUCGAUUCUGGAAAUGGAUCAAUUUUUACUUCCAAAGCUCUAGAUCGGGAGCUGGUCUUGUGGCACAAUAUCACAGUAAUAGCUACAGAAAUCAGGCAUUCAAGUAAUCCUAAAGAAAGCAGUCGUGUUCCUGUGUAUAUUAAGGUUCUGGAUGUGAAUGACAAUCCCCCAGAGUUUGCAACGCUGUAUGAGAUAUCCGUUUGUGAAAAUGCGAAGGCAGAACAGAUAAUACACACUGUCAGUGCAGUGGAUAAGGAUGAUUCAUUCAGUGGACUUCAGUUUUCUUAUUCAUUAACUACACCGACAGCUCACAACUUCACCAUCAGAGAUAACAGAGAUAACACAGCCAGCGUAUACACUAAAAGAAAUGGAUACAGCCGCCAUGAGAUGAACACAUACCUCUUACCAGUGGUCAUUUCUGAUUAUGGGUUCCCUGUGCAGAGUAGCACUGGUACUCUGACCAUUCGCGUGUGUGCCUGCGACCACAAGGGUAACAUGCAGUCCUGUACAGCCGAAGCUCUAAGCCACCCCACUGGAUUGAGUACAGGAGCAUUGAUUGCCAUUCUCCUCUGCAUUAUAAUACUGCUAGUAACGGUGGUACUAUUUGCUGCUUUAAGACGGCAGAGAAAGAAAGAACCUUUAAUUGUGUCUAAAGAAGACAUAAGGGAUAACAUUGUGAGUUACAAUGAUGAAGGUGGUGGAGAGGAAGACACGCAAGCCUUUGAUAUUGGUACAUUGAGGAACCCAGAAGCCAUAGAAGACAGCAAAUUGCGGAGGGAUAUUGUUCCAGAAACACUCUUUUUUCCACGUCGAACUCCAUCGGCAAGAGACAACACUGAUGUCAGAGAUUUCAUCAACCAAAGGUUAAAGGAUAAUGACCUGGAUCCAACAGCUCCCCCUUAUGACUCCUUAGCAACAUACGCAUAUGAAGGCAAUGGUUCAGUGGCAGAGUCUCUAAGUUCCUUGGAAUCUGUCACUACGGAUGGUGAUCAGGACUAUGACUAUCUGAGUGACUGGGGGCCACGUUUUAAAAAACUAGCAGAUAUGUAUAGUGGUGCAGACAGUGACAAAGACUCAUAAUAUAUUGCCUUUUUGCUUUCCUGUUUUGGAAAAGAAAACAGCAUUUAAAAAAAUGAGGAGUACCUAAAUGGGUGGCUCUCUACCUGAGCCAUCUGCUCAUCCAGUUGUUUAAUAUUUGAAAAUUGUGCAGACUUAAUGUCGGAGACUUUUUAUAGUAGACUUUAUGAGCUUCCAAGAGGCAUUUUUUCAUUUGUUGCUUUGCUUUUUUAUAUAUUACCACGAUUUAGUCAACCCUUUUUAUCUAAUUCGUCUUAUAAACACUAGGAAAGGGAGGGGGAGCAAUAUUUGUACACAGUCUACUCUCAUUAAAAUAUCUAUUUGUUACAGUUACCAUAACCAGUCACUUGUUCCUUUGUGCACCAAUGGCAAUUAAACCCACUGAAUGUCAUGUGAUUAUGAUGUUUGGAAAUUUUAAAUAUUAACCUUAUUGGUCUGGCUAAACGCCUUAAAAUCUAUUCAGCCAUUUUAAGAGGACCUGCCUCUUUACACAGUGCUUAUGUAUGAAGUCAUCAAAAGGAUCAAAGCAAAUUAAAGAACUGAAAGCAUAUAUGAUAUUUAAUGUUUUUCUAACUUGCAAUGAGCAAAUCUAUUAGAACUCACUGGUUUGGCAAGCUUCACUUUUGAUGUUUUGCCUCUGAAUUUGUUGUGUCUGAGUUUAAAAAGAAGACCCACCUGGACUUUUUUUUUACAUUCUGAUAUUUCUGUUACUGAAUCGCUUAGAAAAAAAAAGAUCUUUCUUUUCUCUUUAACGGUUGUGAGAAGGCAAUAGCAGCUGUCAAGUGUAAAACUUUGUGAAAUACAAAAAUAGGUUGACAUUGUCUCUGUACUGAACAUCACCAAAAGUGUUGUAGAAUUCUAUACAGAUGUAACAAGAUUCUCAUAUCAGGAAGUUUCACAUUAAGAUGCAAAAAUAGGAAAAGAACAUUAUCUACCAUUUCUAUGUUCUAGGUGAGAUACUAUAAUAGGUUGUCUAAGAGAAUUAACAAGAUACGCAUCCUACAGUUUAUAUACACCAAAAAUUUAAAAUAUUGUUGCUGUAUAAUUUGACUAAUGUAUUACAAGAAUGGAACCUCUUGGACAGGCUUGUUUUGAAUGUUAUAAGCAAACUGGGAUAUGAGCAGUUUUAUUACCAUUAAUGAGACCAUACAUGUUAUCUACUGAUCAGUGUUAAUUUCAGCUAUUUGGUAUGAUUUCAGUGUAAUUUUUGUUUUAUUUAAAUAAUUAUAAAGCCGUUGUUUUGAUAUAAA